CUAAAAUAGGCCCAAACAUGUCGUUUGCAGUAUGUUUCUCUCCUUCUCCCCCAGUGUUUGAGCUUCUUUGCCUCCGACUAACGCCGGCGCCGCAAAAUUCCUUCCGAUUGGAAUUAUAGAAAAUCUAAUAGAAGGUAAACGCAGCAGAUAAGAUGAAGCUGGACGUGAACGCACUGAGAUACUUAACGAAGGAUGAUUUCCGGGUUCUCACCGCAGUCGAGAUGGGGAUGCGAAACCACGAGAUUGUUCCUUCGGAGCUGAUCGAUCGCAUUGCGUCCCUAAAGCAUGGAGGAACUUAUAAGGUGCUGAAGAAUUUGCUUAAGCACAAGUUGUUACACCAUGACUCUUCCAAAUAUGAUGGAUUUCGACUUACCUACCUUGGUUAUGAUUUUCUUGCUAUAAAGACUUUGGUUAACCGUGGAGUUUUUACCUCUGUGGGUCGCCAAAUUGGUGUUGGGAAAGAGUCAGAUAUAUUUGAGGUGGCAACGGAGGAUGGUACUGUUCUUGCAAUGAAACUGCACAGGCUUGGUAGGGUUUCAUUUAGGGCAGUCAAGUCCAAGCGUGAUUAUUUGCGGCAUCGUAGAAGUUAUAAUUGGCUCUACUUAUCACGGCUUGCUGCUCUAAAGGAAUUUGCUUUUAUGAAGGCUUUGGAAGAACAUGGUUUUCCGGUUCCAAAUGCUGUUGAUUGCAACAGGCAUUGUGUGAUUAUGUCUCUGGUACAAGGAUAUCCUCUUGUGCAGGUCAAGCAAUUGCAAAACCCACACACAGUUUUUGAAACCAUCAUUGGUCUUAUUGUUCGUUUGGCUGAACACGGGCUUAUUCAUUGUGAUUUCAACGAGUUCAACAUAAUGAUUGAUGAUGAUGAGAAGGUGACAGUGAUUGAUUUCCCACAAAUGGUUUCAGUCUCUCACCGUAAUGCACAAAUGUAUUUUGACCGUGAUGUUGAAUGCAUAUUUAAGUUUUUUGGAAGAAGGUUCAACAUGUCCUCUCAAGAAAAUUCUGGUGAUUCUGAUGAUUCAGAAGCAGAAAUAGAAGAUGAAACACGGCCUCAAUUCUCUAACAUAGAGAAGAAUUCUGGUUGUUUGGACAAGGAACUUGCUGCUAGUGGUUUUACUAGGAAGGAUCAAGAUGAAAUUGAGAAGUUUAUUGAAGUAGAAGAUGUGGAGACUCCUGCUUCAGAUGAUGAAGGAAAUGAAGAACUGACCGAAACACCAACAACGGACUUUGAUUCUUUGCAACUGGACGAGAAAGAAGAAGAAGAGGGUGAAAACAAAGAGGACAUAAGUGAGGCGAAGACUGAAGGACAUGUUGAGAGUGAAGAUGGUGGGGUAGAUGAAGAGGGACAGAAUGCUGAGGGGGACGAAGAGAUGAUGAAGCGGCUGAAUAAGCAACGUAGGCGGGCCAUACAAGCGGCCCAUGGUGGAAGAAAAAACUAUACUUCCAGGAAUAGAUGCAAAGACAAAGGUGGCCGUUCAUCCAACAGCUCGAAGGUCCAGAAGAAUUUCAGUAAUUGGUAAGCGAUUGAUCGACAAAGAAACCCAACCAACCAAAAGCCACCAGCAAAAGCAUACAUAUGUAAGUUAUGGUAUUUUUAAUGCUUUUGGAUUCAUGGUUUUGUAUUGUGUAACAGUUUUAACUAUAUUUUUUAUUGAACUGAAUUUGAAAAACACUUCCCAGAGAUUGUCAGUCUUGAUAAUCACCCGCUUCCACCCUUAUGACUUAAUCCAACUAAAAGCUUCUUUUAUCG